UCGCGUGGUUCAGACGACUGUGCGCAAUCAAAGCCGAGCACAGGUGAGUCCGGCUUUCCCCCGAUGACAGAUUGCCCGGCCCACCUGCGAAUGGAGGCGGGGUUAGAGAAAAGCGACAGGACAAGGAGAUGAUUGUCUUAUUACGAUAUCGCAAACCGCACACAGCCCGAGGGAAUGAAGCCGAGCAAAUGAAAGACGCAGAAGAUGAGACGAUCGUUCGAAAAUUAAAUUCUGAAUCGGAAUAUUAAAAAUUAAAGCAGUACAAUCAAAAUACAAUUUCAACGAUCACAUUUGCCGUAAAAAAUAUAAAGAAAAUACAAAAAUAUUCAGACAUGCCGCUGCACAGCCGGCGCGCCCUUAAACACACCUGCUUGGGAGUUCUGUUAUCGUUCCUGAUGGGAGGUGUUGUUGACGGCCAACUUACCGUCACGGUCCCCAGUCCCUCGACGGUCGCCAAGGUCGGCCGUAACAAAACGCUGGGGGUGGAGUACACGGGGGCCGUGGACCCUACGGUCGUGUGGUUGAAGGACGGGGAGACGAUCGUGACCUGGACCCUGGGUUCCAUCGCCCCGCCUCAGAUCUCCGCCGAGUUCGACACGGUCCUCAUCGAGCGCAACGGCUCGCUCACCAUUCGCAACGUGCAGCUCAAACAUGGCGGCGAGUACAAGGUGGUCAUGUUCAAGCCUGACAUGGGACGGGACGAGGCCAAGUUCGCCCUGCGGGUGUUCGACGACUUCGAGAGCGUGUCCGUGAGUGCGGUGCCUGCUAACAUCAAAGAGGGCGCUGACGCCUUCAGCCUGUCCUACAGCACCGGGCAGGGAGAAGCGCAGUCGGUGAAGUGGUCCUUUGACGGGCAGGAGAUCACCAACGGGACGCGACACACCAUCGUCGAUAAUCGUCUGACGGUCAAGAGUCCCACUCGGAACGACACUGGCCAGUACACCCUGGUUCUGACCAACCCGUUCAGCUCUGCGACCGUUGUCAGGAACAUCACCGUGCUCUAUGGUCCAGAUGAGCCGGUUUUGAAAAUUCGUCCCCAGAAAAACGCCUUCGAGUUGGGCGACUCGCUCUUGCUCUCCUGUGCGUCCAAUGGAGUUCCCGCCCCCACCGUGUCCUGGGUUUUUGGGGGCCUGACCCUCCCCGUGUCGCAGGGCACCCUGAACCUUACCAACGUCCAAACCCACCAGAGCGGGGUGUACACGUGCCUCUUGGUCAACGCUGAGACCGGAACCCGGCUGAGGAGGAACUUCACCAUCAACAUCUUUGAGCGACCGUCGGGCAGCCUGAUGUGUUCGGUCGGAGGGAACGCCACAGAGGACCUGCAGUACCGCUGCCGGUGGCCAGGGGGCGACCCCGAGGCGCAGCUCUCCUUCCCCGCUCUGAACGGCAGCGUCAGCGGCAGCGGGGACCUGAACCUGAUGGUGACCCCGACCCCGAGUCUGAGCGGGAGGGAGAUCGUCUGCACGGCCAGACACCCCCUCCUGCAGCAGAACUGCAGCGUCACUGCGCGAGGGCCGGCGGGCUUGCCGCCGCUGGUCUCGUCCGCGGUGGUCGCCAACGGCGACCUGGUCGUCACCAUCUCCUGCGCCGGCGCGUGGGUGCCCGUCGCCACGGUGACCUGGUCCCGCGGUGGUCAGGUGAUCAGCGGCGGGGGGGAGUACCGGAUCAGCCCGGACACCACGGCGCUGUCGAUCCUUAACCCCGCCUUCAACGCCAGCGACAUGGGCAUCUACUCCUGCCACGCGGCCAAUCCGCUGGGCCGCCAGGAGGCCAACGUGCGCCUGCUGGGCCCAAAGAUCUCUGACUCCAGGCUGCAGACAAACGCCAACGGCACAGUGGUGACCCUGACCUGGGACACCCCCCCCGCCUCCAUCAUUACAGGUUUCAAGGUGCAGAUGGCGGGGCCGAACCUCACCUCCAGCCGCGGGGGCAGCCGGCGGAGGAAGAGGGCGGCGGACGAGUUCCGCACCGUCCAAUCAAAGCCCGCCGCCGCCCGCAGCUCCACCCUCGGCCCGCUGGACCCCUCGGCCCGGUACCGCUUCCGCGUGCUUCCUGUCGCCGGCCAGAAUGUGGGACAGCCUUCCCGGGAACACCGGGCUGGGCGAGAAGGUCUGAGCGGUCCGGCCAUCGCGGGAAUCGCGGCCGGGAUCCCCUGUGGCCUCCUGCUCCUCGUCCUCCUCAUCCUCCUGAUCGUGCUCUGCAAGCGGAAACGUCGACAGACGAGGUACCCCGUGUCUCGGACAGUGGAGAAGGUCGUCACGUCGCAGCCUAACCUGAGUGCUCCACACAAGCUUCUGACUGGCGGUUUGAAAAGUGUGGGCGGGCCCCCGGCUUACAACAACCAACAGGUAUCUUCUGAGCGGUCCACUACUCUCCCCUCUGGGGUACCUCCCCCUCCUGUACGAAUGGCCACUACUGUCUAAACCCAGUGCUAUUAUCUACAGCAGGGGUCAUCUGCCCUCCUGUAGGUUUUCACUCCAACCCUGACAAAGCACACCUCAUUCAACAGCUGGAGCAGGGCUGUUCAACCCUGUUCCUGGAGAUCUGCCUUCCUGUAGGUUUUCACUCCAACCCUGACAAAGCACUCCUCAUUCAACAGCUAGAGCAGGGCUGCCCAACCCUGUUCCUGGAGUUCUACCGUCCCGUAGGUUUUCACUCCAACCAUAACACGGCACACCUCAUUCAACAGAUAGAGAACUCAUCUAUUUGUAGAAUCUGGUGUGCCAAAUUAGGGUUGGAGUGAACCUACAGGAUGGUGGAUCUCCAGGAACAGGGUUAGUGACCCCUGAUGUCCACCUGCCCAUUACCAUGUGUUUAUUAACGUUUUCUAUUGUCUUUAUAUAUUUUUGAACUUUAUUUUCAUUAUGUUUUUCUAAAUUGUUUUAACGUUUUUUUUUCUUUUCUCUCCCGACAUGCAAUGUUUAACUUUUUUGCAGCGCUGUAAUUUUAUAUUUGUAAAACUAAUUCUCAAGGGUUUGAUGCAUUGAUAUUGAAUAUAUAAUCACAGUAAGAGUUAAAGCCCAGAAGUACAAUUGCAUACAUUCAAUACUGUAUAUAAAAUAAGGGCAAGGCCUGUGAUGUAUCUGUUUAUAAAAUAACUCGCUGUAUUCAGGUUAUUUAUUCAUAGAUUAAUUGCAUUAAAUCUGGGGUCCUGGAGAGCUGCAGUGUGAGCUGGCUUUCAUUUUUACUGCGCACUUAAUUGAUCAAUUACUGCAGUUAAUUAUACAGUUAACUCCCCUCACCUGGUUUCUUGGGUCUGAAUUGGGUGAUUUUAAGGUGACCACACAAACCAGCACACCCUGCGGCUCUCCAGGACCAGGGGUUACGGACCCCAGCAUUAAAUUAAUAAUGCCGUUGUGAACCAACUUUUUAAGAGAUGUAAUUCUUUUGUUGAUGUUGUAUGUUAAUUUAUUUUUCAAUGAAUGUCCACGAAUAAAAUAAUGUAUAUAUUGAAUGUA